AUGGUCGACCGAGUGAAAGACAAGUUCGACAGCUACCCCCCGAAAAUGUUCCCAUUGAAGCACAAGUGUUUGGACGCGGUGUACAAUAUGGUCGCGUGGGCGUACAUCGACACGCGGAAUUUGAGGCGGCUGCGGUCCAGCGAGCUGAGGAAAACAUACCUCAAGCAUCACCUCGGAAUACGAGUAGCGGAAUUGCCUCGCGAUUGCGAUAUCGGUUGGGUGCACGCGCGCAGCGGAAAAGAAGCACUUAGGAUUUUCCGCAAGAGGCUAGCAAUGGCGUCCGAGCCACUCGAGCUCGCUUGGCUGUUCCACGAGCUGUGCAAAUUCCUGAUCGACAUCCGCCGCUACGACCUAGCUAGAUUUUACGGGAAGAAGGCGCGCGACAUGAGCGAGGAGGCGGAUAGUGAGCAAUGGACCCUAAACGUCCACCAUCUAAUCCUCAGGAUCGAGAUCAGCCAGAACUACCGGAACGAGGCGAAAGAAGCGGCAGUGCUGGCUCUGGGCAGCGCGAAGAAGCUCGGCCUCGACUUCCUGACUGACUUUUACGUCUGGAUUCUGGACAUGAUCGACGAGACCGACAUGGAGAAGAUGUCGGAUCAGGAUCCGAUCGCUACCAGGCAGCAGCUGAUCCUGGACCUGAUGCCCGAAGACAUGAAGCCAGAGGUGGACUACCUUUGGAGGAGCAUGGACGCAGUGCCAGCUAAACGCAGGCUAUCCGUGAUGCCCGGUUGCAAACCAGUCGACAAGAAAUUCAAAUUCCCGUGUAAACGAGUCAGCAUCCUGCCGGUAGCUGCGAAGGACCCUCACAAGGAAGCGAGAAAGGCGUUCCUGGCGAAGUACGAGCUGGCAAAGGAGCGGCCGGGUUACAUCGACUUCAACGAGUUCGAUUGA